GACGAUUACAUAUCGACGAAAUUCUUAUCUAAUCAGAUAUUGCAUGUGUAAAUGAAUUAAUUUACACGUAUAUAUAUAUAUAUAUAUAUAUAUAUAUAUAUAUAUAUAUAUAUAUAUAUAGAAAUAUAUGCAUAUAAACGAUUCGAUUAAUUUAACUAGUCGAUUUAAGAAUUGUUUCCAUUUUAGUAAUUUAUAUUAACUCACUUUCGUCGUCGAGGUCGUUCAAGAAAAACAAAGAGAAUAGUUGUCAUUUGUUUUUCCCAAAUAUCAUUAUAAAAAUUAAUUAUGUCAACCGAAACGAGAUUGAGUUCAAUGGAAGAGUUUAUCAGAGCAUUUUUAGAAAUGGAUGCAGAUAACAAUGAAAUGAUUGAUAAACAAGAAUUAAUUAAAUACUGUCAAAAAAAUCGUUUGGAUAUGAGAUUGAUCGAUCCAUGGAUAGCGAGGUUUGAUACUGAUAAAGAUAAUAAAAUCAGUAUAGAAGAGUUCUGCCGUGGAUUCGGUUUAAAAGUAUCAGAAAUUCGACGUGAAAAAGAAGAAUUAAAAAAAGAAAAAGAUGGCAAGGUUUCUAAACUUCCACCAAAUGUUGAAAUUAUUGCAGCAACUAUGUCAAAAACAAAACAAUAUGAUAUAUGUUAUCAAUUUAAAGAAUAUAUUGAUAAUAGUAGUCGAACAAAUAAGGAUAUAAAAGAGGUGGCAAAUAAAAUGAAAACAUUAUUGGAUAAUACUUAUGGUCGUGUAUGGCAAGUGGUUAUAUUAACUGGUUCAUAUUGGAUGAAUUUUUCCCAUGAACCAUUUUUAUCAAUACAAUUCAAGUAUAAUAAUUAUGUCUGUUUAGCAUGGAGAACACCAUCUCAGUAAUAACUAUAUUAAUAAAAAUACAACUGACUAUGGAUUCAUAAAACAAUAUCAUAACAGUGUGUAGAUGAACAUUUUAAAACUUUAAGAAAAAUGAGGGAUUCUCAAAUAAUUUCCAAUUUGUUAAACAUUCCAUAGCCAUUAAUUCAUUUUCGCUAAUUUAAACAUACACUACUCUGUAAUAACAAAAAACGUUCAUCAGUAAAUGGGUUCAAUUAUUUUUUUUCAGUUUUGCAAUGAAUAAAAUUUAAGAUUUUUUGAAAGAAAGAUGAAGAACGUAUGGAUUUUAAGUGUUGAAUAUCUUGGUCACGUUGUUUUAUUCAACUUGAUAGGAUUAAUCUAUUAAAAUAUUUAUGAGGUUAAAGACGUUUAGGAUAUUACUUACUUACUUAUGCCUGUUACUCUCAGUGGAGCGAAAGCUGCCAACCAGCAUCCUCCGACCCAUUUUGUCCUGGGUUUUUCUUUUUAGCUCUAUCCAAUUGUUGUUCAUUCUUCUCAUAUCUGUCUCCAUUUCUCAGCGUAAUGUGUUCUUCGGUCUUCUUCUUCUCCUUUGGGAUUGAGCGUGGAGCCCCUCUGGGGUUCAUGUUGAUCCUAAGCCCGGAUAAAGGAGGAGGGUUGGGCACGGAGUUAGCGACCCCAUCCUGUAAAAAACGAACUCAACAAAAGAACGCUAAAAGCGUUUAGGAUAUAAUAUUAAUUAUUUGUUGUGAGUGAUUAAUCCUUAAAGUGAGCAAAAGUAAAACAUUUACGGCUUUUUUUGACGAAUAAAUCUACGAUUAACUUAAAUUUUUAUAACUAACAGACAAACUGUUUAUAAGGAAAACUAACUUAAUACCAUAAUUUCACCAAAGACAAUUGUGAAGAUAAUUUUCGCCACGGAGUGAGACUUAAUAAGGGAAUGCUGAAAUCUAGGUAGCAAUAGAUAAUUAUUUCAUCUCAAUACGUAAUUCACUAAUUGAUAUCCAUUCAUGACUUUACUAAGGAUUAAAUUCAACACUAUCAUAUAAAUCAGCGAACACGUAUUUAGAUCACUGAACCAGAACCCAAUGAUCUGUAUUUCUGAAUUUCGUCAAUUCUAAUGAAAUAAUAGAACUAUCAUCCAGCAGUGGUUAACUGAAUAGUCUCUGACAUGAUUGGACUCUCCUAAUCAUCAUUUCUCAAUAAAACGUCUUGAGUCCAUUACGAAACUAAUUAUAGGUUUGAAUUCAGCUAAGUAACAUGAUAAUAUUCACAGUUUGAACAAUACUUAAAUAGCUUGUUCAAGUUAUUUCAUGAAAAUGAUAGUUACCUUGAAGAAAAGUAACAAAUCAUGUGAAAAGAUAUACUAUUCGGGACUUACAAAAUGGUAGGAAAUGGACAUUUUCUAACCUAUCGCUAUUUAUUUUGUUAUAAGUUAUUUAAAACUGUUUUAUGAAGUUACUUAUUCUGUAGUAUUUAUUUUAGGGAAAUAAUACUGUAUAUUUUUGUACGGUUGAGUUUUCUGCAUAAAUGAAACAGUCAGUCGUGUUAUCCGGUCGACCGAGUUUCAUAAUAUACUAAGCUUUCAAAUUCUAAUUGUAUAUUCGAAUAUAAACAGUAUUAGGAACUACCCUUUGAAUAUAAAUGUAUUUGACUCGUCAUCAAAAGCUGAUUUCGUGUAUAUAAACAUGAACUUCUAAAGUUUCUCUGACAAAUUUAAUCAAACAAAAUAGCAAACUGGAAAACAAUGUAAUUCAAACAUCAAAACUAUGGAUUAAAAGUAUUUUGUUAAUAUCUCACUCAAAUCUAAUUACCAAUAAUUUAUAAGGUGACCACAUUGAGUUUAGUUCUGACAAGCUUCUAAAUUCACAUACUGGUCACAUAUUUGUUUUUCUCCUUAAACAUUCGAAUUUGAGAGGUGGAGAUACAACCAAAACAAGGAAAUAAACAAUGACACAUUUAACGUCAACAAGAACCAAUCAACAUCGAGGUCUACAGGACAAGCUUUGAACCAAAUGUGGAGAAAUUCGAACACUUCAAUUCUAUAUGAAGUUUGUGCUGAUGAUAUCGUUCAGAAGAACGAUAAAAGCUCCGAAACUAAACCAUACAGCUUAGAGAACAAAACUCCAUCAAAAACAUCCGAAUUUAUUUUUUAUACUUUAUACGGUAAAUGGAAAGGAAAGAAGAAAUUACUAAAAAGAUUAAUUAAGAAAAUGACAAUCCUAAAUUAGUAAAUAGGGAACCAUUUUGAUUUUCUCUGUAUUUAUUGUCAUUAUAAUGAUCAACUAGUUUAAUUGCUUAUUAAUUCUAUGAUUAAAACUGAAUCGAAAAAUAGAAGUAGAAAAUUUAGUUUCGUUCGGUUUUUUCAUCACUAAGCAAAUUAAGGCGUGAAUUUUAAAUUCUACCAAAGAAAAACUUCAACUUUUAUAGCGUAAACUCUUUGAAAAAUACGUUUAUUUUAUUAAACAUUCAAUAUGCCGAAUGUUUAUUUGAAUAAAUAAUCAUACUAAAUACCAAAGGUUUUUUUAAUUGACGUUUUUGUUUGUCAAACUCUUCAUAUUCUUUGUGCUUUGUUAUUACUUCGAAAAAUUAUGUAUAAAUCAGAUGUAUAGUUAAAUUAAAAUAAGUUCCAAAUAAAAAAAUAUUUUUUUGUUGAUAAAAAUUUGAUUUAUUUUGAAGUACUGCAAAGAAGUAACUAAUCAUCUUGAUACCUUAAAGUAGAUCUUAAUUUUAUUGCCUGUAAGAUUGACAUCCGGGGAUUUUUAAAUCAUUUCAAAUAUUGAAGAGUCUCUGAAUAUAAGUGUAAAUAUAAACAAAUUACUAUAUUUGUAUUAUCAGAAGGGUUGUUUUUUGGAUAUUAUAGUAUUUUUAAUAGUUAAGAUCAUGAAUCCAUUAAACUUAGACCACCAUGGAAAACCUGGAAGUAUUGGAUGGCUGUUUCGUCCUAUUGUGGAAAGCAGUGACCAAUUGAGUUCAGCCGGGUCUGUUGUGGGGUAGUAAAUCACUGAAGACAAUGAUGGAUGUUUCGCUCGAUCUCGUGGAAUAGUUGAAGUUAGACAUUCACACCGUUGGAUGCCAGCCCAGUAGUCUGGAGGUUAAGCAUUCACGCGCGAGACCGAUAGAUCUGUGUCAGAAAUCUCGCGAGGUGGGAUCGUGGAUGCGCACUGCUGAGGAGUCCCAUACUAGAACAAAAUGGCCAUCCAGUGCAUUCAGGUUUUCCAUGGC